CCACAAUUUAACACUAGAAAGGCAGCGGCUGCGGCAAACAGCAGCCAGCGCCGCUUGCCUUCCCGCUGCUCACCAGCUGCUGCGCAGGAGGGGCCCCCCCGCCUUUGCUGCACAGACAGAUGCAUGCACAGCAGCAGCAGCAACAGCAGCAGCUGCAGCAGCAGCGGCAGCCAGGAUGUCCCCUUCAACGGGCCUUUUCCCCGAGGAAGCAGCAGCAACUGUUUACGUCAGACUCAGGCCUCUUAACUGGCAGCAGAUAAACAAACUGGCCCUUCCUGCAUCCCCUGCUGCUGCUGCUGCUGCUGCUGGGCCUCUUGGCGUCUCCGUCCCUUCGGAAGCAGCAGCAGCAGUUGCUGCUGCCCUCAACAAGAACUGCAGGGUCUUCUCUGAGGACGUGUGCAACACGGAAAUAUAUGUGGAGACAGUUCAGCCGCUUGUGCUGCAGGCGACUGAGGUAAGGGCGUCAGCAGCCUGGUGCUUGCUGCGGGGGGCCGCGGCAGCGGGAAAAGCCACAGCCUCUACGGCUCUUUGGAGGCCCCUGGUUUAG